AUGGUGGUGACUCGUCUGGAGCUGGAGCUGCGCUACCAGGGCAAAAAGUUGCGCGGCGUCACGUGGAAGUUGACUCGAUCCGAACAUGGUUUCCUGCCAGAGAGCUCCUGGUUGAUCGCUGCUCAGGUCAUGGUGCCGUACCUGGUGUCAGGGCUCGGAAUGGUCUCCGCUGGCAUCAUUAUGGAUCUUAUACAACACUGGGAGGUGUUUAAGGUGAUAACAGAGAUUUUCAUCCUGGUGCCGGCACUGGUCGGACUCAAAGGAAACCUGGAGAUGACACUGGCUGCUCGACUCUCCACUGCUUCCAACACAGGACAACUGGACGACCCUGAUAAACAAUGGACCAUGAUGUGCAGCAAUCUGGCACUAAUACAGGUUCAGGCCACAGUGGUGGGCUUCCUCGCUGCGGUGGCAGCCGUGUGCUUAGGGGCAAUUUCUCGAGGUGGUAUAGAAAUAGACCAGGCAGCUGUUCUGUGUGCCAGCAGCAUCACCACUGCAUUCGUAGCUGCUCUCUCUCUAGGCCUGGUGAUGAUUGGUGUGAUCAUCGGCUCCAGGAAGGUGGGGAUCAACCCUGACAACGUGGCCACCCCCAUUGCUGCCAGUCUGGGGGAUUUGAUCACCCUGUCCCUGCUGGCCGGGGUCAGCACAACGCUCUAUAAUCAUAUAGAUAUAUGGUACCUGUCUCCUCUGGUGUGUCUGCUCUUCUUGGCUCUGAUCCCCCUGUGGGUGGUGGUGGCUCGACAGAGCCCUCAGAUCAGGGAGGUUCUCCGCUCAGGCUGGCAGCCUGUUAUAGUGGCCAUGUCCAUCAGCAGUUUUGGAGGCCUUAUACUGGACAAGACAGUGAAUGAUCCCAACUUUAAGGGCAUGGCUGUCUUUACACCUGUCAUCAACGGGGUGGGUGGUAACUUGGUGGCCAUCCAGGCCAGUAGGAUCUCAACCUACUUGCACUUCUGGAGCAUCCCUGGGGUGCUGCCCUAUAAGAUGAGGCAGCACUGGCCCAAUCCCUGCAUCACCUUCUUCUCUUCAGGGGUGAACUCCAAGUCAGGCCGCGUGCUUCUGAUGCUGGUCGUCCCCGGUCACAUGGUCUUCCUCUACGCCAUCUCUCUGCUGCAGGGAGACGAAGCGCCGAUCUCUGUAGCCUUCACCAUCUGCUACCUCUGCGCUGCUCUGCUCCAGGUGGCCAUCCUUCUUUACUUUGCUGACCUCAUAGUCCGGUUCAUGUGGAGGAGGAGUCUGGACCCUGACAACUUCUCCAUCCCAUACCUGACCGCCCUGGGGGACCUGCUGGGCACCGGCUUCCUGGCCCUGUGCUUCCGCUGCGUCUCCUGGACUCAGAGCCUGGGCCUAUGAAUUUUCACUCCUUUACCUUGAACUCUUAGCCAGCCACUGUCAUGUUGCACCAAAUAUUGUUAGCACAAAGAUGCUUUUGAUUGGACGGUAAAGCAUUUUUUGAUCACUGGGCCAUUUCAUACCAAGCGAUUUCUCCUUGUCACAAAUUCAAACCCUUACACUGGUUGAGAGACAGCACAUGUGACACCCACCCAUUGACACCCAUCGUCUGGGUGAAUAGGGUUUGCUCCCUACAU